ACAAAAUUUCUGAAGUUUCGCCUCGGGACCUCGGCAAGCGCCAACGGCCAAUCGGUAUCGCUGUCGGUUGUUCGUUUUUUUUAUUGUUAUUACAAUUUGCUAUCAAGUAUUAUUAUUGGAGGAGAAUGGAGAUAAAAACAAAGAUAAAUUUUAUUAAAUAACUCUAAUAUCUCUUAUAUGUUUUCAGUUUUUUGUUAAUCUAUUAGUUAAAUACCCCGAAAAAGUUUUAUUUUCGUACAUAAUAUAUAUUAUAGAAUUUUAUUGCAAUUAGUCCGACCUUCAGACAUAAAAAUAUUUUUCAAAUAGUGUUUGCUAAUUAUUCAUUAUUACAUCGUUCUUACUGGUUGAGCACUAAUUACUGUUGCAAUAAUUUUUACCUUAUCUUAUUACUAUGAUUAACAGUUCGCUGUUUUAUUAAUGUUAAAGAUUCUAUUAUUUUGUGAUAAGCCCAAGUUUCCUCAAAUAAUCCAAAACAAAAACUAGAUAUCUUAUUUGACAUAACAUGAGUUGAGUCAUCCAUCUGAGGAACAAAUCCUUAACAUAAAUGAGUGAGCGACCACAGCCAUUGAAAGCCAUUAAUAAAUUUUUUGAUGGGAGAGAGGCAUGGCAAAUUGUAACAAUGACAGCCUCUUCUGUUUUGGCCCUUGUUUGGGCUCACAGUCUUUACAAUGCAAAAGAAAGUCCUACCACAAGGCUAAGGAAAGAGUUCUUUCGAUGGCUCCGUCGUGUACCAAUUGUACGUCGAAAAAUUGAAGAGAAAAUGAAUGAAAUCAAGGCGGACUUUCGCAAAGAUGUGGCAAAGAGACUUGCUGGUGUCAAUGUUAAUAGGAAGCUCCCGGAGAACGGUCUGCCUUCAGAACGUGUUGUAGAAGAAAUAAGGGAUCACUUGAGUUUAGGUUCCUACGACUGGAAGGGCGGCCACGUAUCAGGUGCCGUAUAUCACACGAAUGAUGACAUUUAUCGUGUAGCGUGUGACGCGUAUGCGCUAACGGCCUAUACUAAUCCUCUACACGCUGAUGUGUUCCCGGGUAUUAAUAAGAUGGAAGCUGAAAUUGUUAGAAUGGCGAUCAAUUUAUUCCACGGAGAUGACAAGUGCUGCGGCACGGUUACAACCGGUGGUACAGAGUCAAUAAUGAUGGCGUGCAAGGCGUUCAGGGAUCGCGCAUACAACAAGGGCAUAAGCAAUCCUCAAAUGGUACUUGCCACGACGGCUCACACCGCCUUUGACAAGGCCGCGCAAUAUUUAGGCAUUUCGGUUGUCACUGUGCCUGUCAAUCCUGACACUUUGACAGUUGACAUCGACGCUGUCAAGAAGGCCAUUGGACGCAGGACUUGUUUGAUUGUAGGGUCAGCACCUAACUUCCCCUACGGUACAAUGGAUGACAUCCGAGCUCUAUCCAACAUAGCCUUAGAGUACGAGAUUCCCUUACACGUAGACGCGUGUCUUGGCGGUUUCGUGGCGUGUUUCAUGCCGGAUGCCGGAUAUCCGGUUCCCGAUUUUGAUUUCCGGCUACCAGGUGUCGCUAGUAUGUCUGCUGAUACACAUAAGUACGGGUUCGCGCCUAAAGGAACGUCAGUGGUACUCUAUCGUCAUGAAGAGUACAGGCAUGGUCAGUACACGGUCACUACUGAUUGGCCCGGAGGCGUCUAUGGCUCGCCCACUGUUAAUGGCAGCCGUGCCGGUGGUUCGAUCGCGGCCUGUUGGGCUAGUAUGAUGUAUAUCGGGAAGAAUCGGUACGUUGAAAUGACGAGGGAGAUAUUGCAGACGACGAACUAUAUACUUGAGGAACUCCGAAAGAUAAAGGGUAUCUUCAUAUUCGGAAAACCUGCGACUACCGUCAUCGCAUUCGGCUCGAAGCAAUUCGAUAUAUUCAAAAUGGCCGAUUUGUUACACAAAAAGGGGUGGAGUUUGAAUGCACUACAAUUUCCGUCUGGGAUCCACAUCUGUGUGACCCACGCCCACACAGCAGAAGGCGUGGCGGAACGCUUUGUCAAUGAUACUCGCGUAGUUGCAGCGGAGUGCUUGAAGGCUGGCGAUGCUCCUGUCGAAGGAAAGCGAUGGGUUGAAGAACUAGCCCGCGAAGCGCAACUCUGGGCAGAUCAGUGUAGACCUCCGGAACAACUAGAGGAGCACGACCUUUGCCGCGAUCUGUACUCAACAACCGUAGGACAAUGCGUUGCCUCAAUAGUAGGCGAAGCGCCAGGACUCCGCCCUGAAACAAUGGUCGACAUUUGGUAUAUGCAAAGAAUAUCAUAUGAAGGCAACUUUACUUCUUAUGUACCACCUGUAAGAUCGAGCCAAUAUUACGGAGAUUUUGCACAAUUAGUUUGGUCUCGAACAUAUAUGGUUGGAUGUGGGAGAAGUCGAUUCAUGGCACCUUGGCGUGGCCGUUUACGCAGUGUGGAACGGCUUGUAUGUAACUUUGCGCCGCGUGGUCCGGUAUCCUUUCGUGCCUUGUGGACUCUUGGACGACCUGCCUCCAUCUGUCCGCCACGAUCAAGACCUGAUACUCAUGUACCAGGGCUUUGCAGUUUUCAGAACAAUUUGAAUGAUUCAGAUGAUAAAUAUAAUAAACACAGCGCUGAAGAGCAUUUAUUGCUAAACACAGUACUUGAAGUAGAAACCAAUGAUACACAUGAUCAUAUUGGACUGUUCGACGAGUAUUACUUAAAGAAAGUAGCUAUAUCUAAUUUGAGUUUAAAUCCAACUGAUAUGUAUAAAGAUUUCGUACACACAAAAGAUAUAAUCGAAGAUUUCGAACUAGAAGAGCAAGUUAAUGAAAAAUCAACACAUUCCUUUAAUGUGGAAUUAGAAAAUGGGGUAACUAAAAAAAUAGAGGAGAAGAAAAAAGUUCGAAUGUUAGGACGAUACAAAUCGUUUGAUUUAGAAGACUUGGAAGAUCAAAAUACAUCUAAGAACUUAAAAAAUGUCCAAGUUGAAGAAACGACAAAGUUCAACGAACUUUAUGCUGAUCUGGAGUAUUUGGAUGUGGAGAAAAUUUAUGACACUGUAACAAAUGAUAUAACACUUAAAAAUGACACCGAAGAUUUAAGAAGCAAUGAUAAAGAUGGAUCCUUUAAACUUGAAACAAAUACAUCUAAUCCAUUAAAUAUGACAAGAUUGAAUCAGAUAAUACUUCCAAAUACAACGGUAUUUUCAAACCAAACAACGAAACAUGAUGAUUUAGACGACUAUCUUGCGGAUCCUGAAACCUUUAGACAACUACAAGAAGCGCUAGAUAGGAUGGAGAACAGUCUAGCUGGUCCAGUUUCAACAGUUGGAAAGGUCCGACGCGAACUAAGAACACUGCCACCAAACAAAACUUCAAUAAAUAGAAGCAAACAAAAUAUCAUGACUCCAGAAGAGCUUCAAGCGGAAAUAGAACGGAAUAGAACCUUAGAUAGAGGGCCUAUGUUAAACAUGGUGCUAAAAUACUUGCCAUAUCUAAAACCCUACGAAAAAACGAUUAUGGGUGAAGUUACAAGUAACAGUGUUGCAAGAAUAUUGCCGAAUGUAUUGGCUUUACUUUUGUGUUUGUGAUUUAAGCAUUUGAUAUUUUAGAUUAUUUAUUUUAAAUAUUUCAUAGAUAUUUAACAAUAUUAAUGUAUUACCUUUUACUGUCGAAUUGUAAUGUUCAAUAAAUAAAUUUGAAUUUUU